AUGUACCAGAGUUGUCUUUUCGCUGAAAUGUUCUUAUAUUGUUUUUACGGCAACGAAGUCAUUUUAAAGAGCGACAAACUUACGCAGUCUGCUUUCAUGUGUGGAUGGGCUGACGCUCCUAAAGAAUUUAAACAAAAUCUGAUCAUUUUUAUGACUCGGACUCAGUUUCCUAUAGAGUUGUCUGCAGCCGGAUAUUUCAAGCUCUCGAUUGACACCUUUAAAUCCAUUGCAAAAACUACGUGGUCUUAUUUUGCUGUCCUUAAGCAAGUUUAUGAAUAAAGCGAACUAGAG